AUGAGCAAAAAAGGCAGUAGUGGUGGCGGGGGAGGUUCUAAAACUCGAAUGACAUCUGGUGCGGCCGCACGUAUCCAAUCAUCAGCUGCGAAAUCAAGCGGUGGCAAUGUCUCAAAAGGAAGUUUCGCUGCAAGAGCCCAAGCUGCAGCGGCUAAAAAUGCAACCAGUGGUAACAUCAGCCAUAAAGGUGGCGGUGGUGGGCAUCCGCAUCGGGCUAUACUGAUUGCGGGUACAUUGCGCUUACCCAAGGUCGCGCAUCCCUCAUCCCCAACAUUGCGCAUUCUUUCAUACCAACAUUGUCAAUAUUGUGUCUCUUGCCUUGAUAAACACAUUCUAACUCUUUUCAAUUAUGAAAUACAGAUAAUUAAAGAUAAAGCCGAUUGGUCUUGUGUCAUCGAAAAAAGACAUAGGAAUGAGUAUGUUGGAAAUGAGUUGCUAGAAGACCAGAAAAAACCAGAACUUGACGCCAAUGACUCUACUUGUGCAAAAACUACGAAACGACUUCUAGAUGUUGCAAAAGAAAGCCCCCCGAAACGUGUGGCAAAGAACAACUUGAAUGGGCUUUUUACAACAUCUGGCGGGAACGAUUCAGAUAAAUCCUAUUAUCCCGGUUCGGAUGAACCAGAUGAUGAUACUUUCAUUGAGAUAAAAAAGAAGAGAAAUAAUUAUACCUAUGACUGGUUUACUGGACCAGGUGUUAUGAAAUCUUCAUUAAGUGAGGGUGCAAAAAAGUGGAUUAUCGACACACUCGACGUUUCGAAUUUAUUACUAGAAUAUCGUGAUAUGUCAGUUCAACGAGCUUCUGAGAAUAAGAUUGAAGAAUUCAUUGAAUCAUAUAUUUUAUUCGAACAAAAUGUGACGAUUGGGGUUUCUUCAAUGAUCGAACCGGAAUCAUUAAAUGUUAUUUUCGAUACUAUCAAAAAUGAAUUUGCUCCAUAUCAUUUAUCGAAUGAUGAUGUUUUACGGUGUCAUAAAAUGGCACAGACUGCAAGCGAAGAUUUUAGAAAAUGCAAGCCAUUAUUGAGAAAAUGGCAAAAGGAUCUUGACGAUGAUCAAGAAGAUUUAAUUCUAGAAACGUUCGAGUCAAUAAUAAAUAAUUUUAAACCGGAAGUGUACAGGCAAGAUUUAAAAGAAGAUUCCUUUGUGCAUGAAGUUUUUGAACCUGUGAUCAGGCCAUUUUUCCGCAACAUUAAUUUUAAAUGUGAAUGGUCAACCGACGUCUUGGAAGCGUCUGUACAUCGGAAACGUAAAUUUGACCCUAUAUUACAGGGACGAAAAGCUGAUUUUUCAGUAUAUUUACCUAUUAGAGGUAAUAAAUUCUAUUUGUUGGCUUCGGAAAUAAAGUCUGCCGAUUUUAUUUUAUCAAAUGGAAAUAAAAUCGCUUUGGAAGACUGUGAUUUGGUAAAAUUAGGCAACGAAAUGAAGGAUAUAAUUGACAAAUGUAUUGAUGAUGGAGUAAAAAGUAAUGAUUUAAUAAUUUGUGGUUUAUUGGUGGAAGGUUUUCAAUGUCGUUUAUUUGUUAUGGAUUUAAAAUAUGAAGCCAUAUAUCGGAUGAUUCUUUUGGGGAAAUUUUAUCUCCCUCGAGAUAGUUCUGAUUUUGGCGUACUUCCCACUUCAAUAGAACGCCUUAUGCAAAUCAAAACAUCAACCAUGUCAACAUCUGAAUCUCUGAACUCGAAAACUGUGGACAAAACAUCCCAAUCGCACAAGAAAAAGGGAAUAGAGAAUAUCGUUCAGGUGAUAGCUGAUGGCAUUCAGGAUAAUAUUAUUUCAGAUGAGUCUUGA